AUGAAUCGUGUCCACGACCAUCGUUUGGAACAAUUGCGAGCUGUAAGUUUGAAUAAGGCCGCUGGGAAAAUAACGCAAUGACCGAAACUUUGAAUUCAGAUUGAAGCCGACCUUCUAUCGCCUCCACCAGAGGAUCCAUUCCAGAGUUUCCCGAAGGGAUGGAUUCGAGCCGCCGAUCUCAAAACCGAAGAUUGGGAUAGAAUGUGCAGUGAGAACUGAAGUGCAUGUUAUCAAAUUCCAUUUCCAGGUCACGCGAGAGAUCUAUGAGCCCGCCGCCUCGGGAGCCGUCCCCGGUUAGAAGAGUGAUGCGUCGGACGCCGCCACGUCACAACAACCGCGUCAUGCCGAUCAACGUCCCAGAGAGAAGAGCAGCGAGGCAAUUGAACGCAGUUGCUCGGAGAGCACGCACGCCAGUCAUCCGCAGACAGCCGAUCCAGCAGAACGAUCCGAUGGACGUGGAGAACAUUCCCCCGGUGCCGGCGGUUGAUCUGCGCCGUCGGCCACUGUCUCCAACUCAGCUGCCGGGCGUCCGUGCCAUUCCGAAGGACUUCAACCGCUACUUCAGAGGACUUCUCACUCCCGGAGAGUACUUUGCAAAGUGAGAACUGCCCAUUGGAUGCCCAUCGAAGCUCAUUUCUUUUAGAUCGCAGUCUCGCUAUCUGGGACCGUUCGAAACAAUGCCGACAGCGGCGACCCUUCCUGCCGACGACGAAUACAUCAUCCUCCAAAGAAUGGGACGUCUUCCGGACAGCGGAAAGUCGAUCUUCCGCCAAGUUGGCAAUGUUUCCACCUGA